CUUUAAUGGUUUUGAAAAACCAAGAUUAUAACAAAUAGUUUUAGAUCGAAAUCUUAAUACAGUGCAAAGGUGCAGUAGUCUCAUUAAUAUGAAUUUUCAUAUUCAGUCAAAGGUUAUUACUCAAUGACGCAUCCAUAUCUUAUCACUUAGGUUCCCUGGAAAUAAAAUGGGGCACAAGUUCACCGAAUAAAAUAUUUGAAGGCAAACCAAUGAAGCUGGAAUGCCAUUUCUUGGGAUGGCCUCUCCCUCACGAGGUCCAUUGGUACAAGGAUGGAGAACUAAUCACAAACGGAACAGAAGGUAUUUAUCAGUCAGAAGAGAAUGGAGAGAAAACUCUCCGGAGCACACUUCAUCUUCCGUCGGGACGCGAGGAACUGGAAGGAUUCUACAAUUGCAGCGCAAGAAACGGUAUUUCAAACAGCGCGUCUUAUACGAUACAGAUGAUAUAUCAAUGUAACUCAGGAAAAAUUCCAACCGUUACCCUAUCGGAGAUUGCUGCAAACAUAUCUUCUAAUGUCAGCCUGUCAUGCUGGAUUGACUAUGAUGACUAUUGUCCACUAGAAUUGCUUUGGAAGUUUAACGACGAACCGGAACCCUUGCCUGAAAGCGGUAAAAAGUAUAAAGUGGAACUAAAAGAUACACACACCAAAUGCCAGAAAGAACUGCUCCUGUCUAUUUUUAACGUGACAGAAAAUGAUCAGGGGAUAUACAGUUGCCACCGGCUCUGCGAAAGUGUCAAUUUGAAAGCUGUCAUUGAUUUGAAAGUAUUCGCACCAAUAGGUUAGACAUUAUUUAAGGUCAAAUACGACAUAACUUCUCUAAUUGUUUUCUUUGUCCUAAAUGUAUGGGUCAUGGUAACGAUAGUCAUAUACAAAUUAACCCGUAAGAACUGAAACUCGAUCGCUGUCCAGGUGGU